AUGGAAAAGGAAUUUUUAGUGUCUGGUUGUAAUUUAUUUGGCCAAUGGUUUGCAAAGGAACCAAUUAUAGAAACAUUUAAAAACAUCACAAAUACCUAUUGCGAUUUAUCAAUAGAUUUUAAUGUUAAAUAUGCAAAAUUAGUUUGUAUGUGUUGGUCAUAUAACAUAUUUCAAUGGAAAGAUGAUUUCUUUGUAACUGGGGCCUGGGCAGGUAAAGAAAAUGUUAUAACAAAAAUAGAUAUCAUAAAAGAAUACGGUUUAAGUGCUUCAGAGUUGACAGUUGUCGGUAAUGAUUAUAAUAUAGUUUUACUAGAUAUUAAAAAAUUAAAAAUAUGGAUAUUGUGUUUGAAAGAGAAAUUACAAGUUACUUUUCUAGAUCUUAUUUGUGAGUACCCCAUAACACAACAAAUAAAACAGCAAAGUGAUAUAGGAAUUGUAAAAGCAGUUGCCACUAAUACCUCAUUCCUUUAUUUAACAAAUAUGGGAUCUGUGCUCUUUGGUAUGAAACCUAGCUACUUGGAUACAAGCCAUUGCAUAGGCAAAGUUUGUGAUAUUGCCUGCGGUUAUAAUCAUUACAUGCUUCUCACAGAUGCAGGACAUCUUUAUUCUUGGGGAUGUGGCCAAAGGCUGCAGCUAGGCCACGGUGACAUAGAAUAUCUGGAAACGCCUAAAGAAGUCCAUGCAUUGGCUGGAUUAAAAAUUAUUAAAAUUGCUGCUGGCGGAUUUCAUUCUUUAGCUUUAAGUGAAUGUGGUGAUCUGUAUGCAUGGGGAUGGAACGAUAUAGGCCAAUUAGGAGUAAUAACUGGGGAUGAAUUGGCUCACAAUUGUAAUAAUUCUACAAGCUACUCAUUGCCAAAAUUGGUUGAUAUUUAUGAUGAAAAAGGUAUUUUAGUUGAGUUAAAUAUAGUUGAUAUAGCUGCUGGAUCAAGGCAUUCAGUUAUUAUGUUGGAGGAUACUUCAGUUUGGGCUUCAGGAUAUAACAAAUAUGGUCAACUUGGACUUUCGCCCGAGAAAUUUCCAACAGUCAAAUGUUUUAAAAAAAUACUUAAUUGUGAUUUUGAUUUUAAACUUAUGUGUGGAACCUGGUCUACUGUGUUAACAAGAAACUCCAUUUCAAGUGAUACUUAA